AUGGCUCCGUCAAAAUUGAAAGAAUUAAAGAAGCAGUUAGAAGAGCUAUUGGAUAAAGGGUUCAUCCGGCCUAGUAUUUCACCAUGGGGAGCAUCAGUAUUAUUCGUAAAGAAGAAGGAUGGGAGUAUGAGAUUAUGUGUUGAUUAUAGACAACUAAACCGAAUCAUAUUCAAGAACAAGUAUCCUCUGCCACGGAUUGACGAUCUGCUUGAUCAGCUAAAAGGUGCCACUUUGUUCUCUAAAAUUGAUUUGAGGUCAGGGUAUUGGCAACUACAGAUUGAGGAAGAGUCGAUCCCAAAGACUGCUUUCACGACCAGGUAUGACCACUAUGAAUUUGUUGUUCUGCCAUUUAGGUUGACCAAUGCCCCUGCAGCUUUCAUGUCUCUGAUGAACAAGAUGCUACAACCAUUCCUUGAUCAAUUUGUGAUUGUGUUUAUUGAUGAUAUUUUGAUAUAUUCGAGUAAUCACAAGGAACAUGAACAACAUUUACGAACAAUUUUACAGAUCUUGAGAGAGAAACAGUUGUACGUAAAUUCAGCAAAUAAUUUUGAGAAGUUGAAGAAGAGACUCACCUCAGCACCUAUCCUUGCUUUGCCUUCGGAAGAUGGAGGAUAUGUGGUAUUUACUGACGCUUCACGACAAGGACUUGGUUGUGUUUUGAUGCAGCAUGGGAGAGUUAUAGCUUAUGCUUCGAAGCAGUUGAGGCCACAUGAAAUGAACUAUCUGACCCAUGAUCUGGAGUUAACAGCCAUAGUACAUGCAUUAAAGAUUUGGAGGCAUUACUUAUACGGGGAGACGUUUCAAAUAUUUACAGAUCAUAAAAGUCUAAAGUAUAUCCCAACACAGAAAGAGUUGAAUUUGAGGCAAAGAAGGUGGAUAGAGCUUUUGAAGGAUUAUGACUGCACCAUUGACUAUCAUCCCGAAAAGGCAAAUAUUGUAGUAGAUGCUUUGAGUAGAAAUACAGUGGACCAACUUGCGAGUAUGAUCUGCUAUAACAUCGAGUAUUUGACUGCCCUUAGAGCUAUGGAUGUACACUUUAGCAUUGGUGGUGAUAUUCUACUGGCUACGAUACAAGUGAAGCCCUCCCUCAAGGAUAAAAUUAAAGAUGCACAGGCUAGAGAUCCAAAUCUGCAGAAGAUGAAAGCUAAGGUGCAAAAAGAAAAAAGCGAUCAAUUUAUAAUCUAA